AGUGUUCGUCGUCGAUGAUCGUACGUCAAGUCCUCGUAAAAUUUGCCCGCGUGCCGGUUACACGGUUCGCGCGUGUAUAACGGAAAAUCGUGCGUCUCGUCUGCAUUUUUGCGGAUUCGCGAGAUCGAGGACGUCGCGUGUGGAGGAAACAUUAUCGUGUUUUUGGAAACUUAACGAGAGAUGGCAGAUCUAUCGGAGGAAGUGCCGAUCAAGGAUGCCGCGACGGCGAUCUCCCAGGGCAAACGCCACCUCCUAGUACGCGAUUACAACCUGGCAGUGGUCGUCUUAGCCCAAGCUUGCGAGCUUCUUGCCCAGGAACACGGAGAGACGGGCGACGAGAUGGGUGAACUCUAUCUGCUUUACGGACGAGCCCUUCUAGGUCUGGCACGCGAAGAGGCAGGAGUAUUGGGGGGCGGCGUGCCUGGCUCCGAAGAAGUUAGUCAGGACGAAGGAGUUAGUCAGGGAGAAGAGGAGGAUGAGGAAGACGAGAAUGAAGAGGGGACCAUCGCAGAAAACAAGAAUGGUAUGGAAAAUAGUCCUUGCACAUCGAAUGAUAAAGAAGAUGAUAAACGUGAACUGAAAGAGAGUGAAGAUCCAAAUAGUGAGCAGGACGAGAAGUCAGAGAAGACGGAGAAUUCUGAUAAAACAAUCGAUAGCAAAGUAGAGGAAAACACACAAAAAGAAGAAAUUCCUGGCUGUAGUCGAGAUCCUGAUGUAUAUAAUGGCGAAGCUUCUGGAAGUGGUACAAAAAGAGAAGACGAUGAGGAAGACGGAGAGGCAGAAGAGGAAGACGUUGAGAAGGAGGACGACGUGAAUAAUUUACAGAUCGCUUGGGAAGUCUUGGAACUGGCGAAAUUGGUACUGCUAAAACGUGGGUCCUCAGGUUGGAAAUUGUUAGCUGAGGCAUAUCGUCUUCUGGGCGAGGUAGCGAUGGAAGGUGGCAACCAUGAAAGCGCACUGAUUGAUUUCAAAGCGUGCUUGAAUCUGUUGGAGAAAAUAACUCCACGCGACCAUCGUGCAAUUGCCGAAAUCCAUUAUCAGCUCGGAUUGACUCAUGCAAUGGCAAACAAUUUCGAUGCCAGCAUCGAGGAAUUCAACCAGGCAUCCGCGUUACUAGAGGCGAAGAUUGUACAACUGAAGACAGUGCAGGAUGAUCCACCUCAAUCCGAUGAUCCUUUCUACACUGUUGAAGGUGAAAUCAAGGAACUGCAAGAACUUCUUCCAGAGAUCCAAGAAAAAAUCGCGGACAUCAAAGAUAUGAAAAAAGAAGCCGAUGUAAUCAAGGAGAUUAAGGAAGAGAGGUUGAAUGGAUGCUCUAAAGAUGGCGAGGCGAGCGAAGCUUCCGGAAGUGGUAGUAAUACAUCUAAGCCCGCUAGCGAUAUUUCACAUUUAGUAAGAAAAAAACGCAAGGCAGAAGAUGAAGAAGACAUUGGUUCUGUUUGCAAAAAACCACUCCAAGAAAAAGACGUGAAAGAAUUAAUAAACAUGACUGAAGAGAAAUGUGCAAAGAAACUCAAGCUUGAGGAAUUUCCUGUUUUAAGCGAAGGGAAAGCACAGAUAAUAAUUACGAAUAAAAAAGUCUUUUAUAAUCCAGUUCAAGAAUUCAACAGAGAUCUCAGUAUAGCGGUAUUAACAAUAUUUGCACAAGACAGAUGGAACAAAAUGAUAGAAAAAAAUAAUUUAACAAAUGACAAUAAAACUACUAUAUUACUUGAUACCGGAUUGAAUACAAACAAGCAAGAGGGAAUUACUAUAUUGGAAGCUUUAUCUGCAACAGGUUUGCGUAGCAUACGAUAUGCAAAAGAAGUGAAAGGUAUCAAGCAGAUUGUAGCCAACGAUAUUUCUGCUAAAGCAGUGGACAGUAUCAGACAUAAUGUCUUGCAUAAUGGAGUUGAGAAUUUAGUAACGCCUCAUCAUGAGGAUGCGACAUUGUUGAUGUAUCAGCGUAGACGAAAUCGUUUUGAUGCAGUUGAUUUAGAUCCAUAUGGCUGUCCAUCGAUGUAUCUGGAUGGAGCAGUGCAAUGUGUAGCUGAUGGUGGUAUACUUUUGGUUACUGCUACUGAUAUGGCUGUACUAGCUGGCAAUACUCCGGAAACUUGUUAUUACAAGUAUGGAGCAAUAUCUAUAAAAUCAAAGUCUUGUCACGAGAUAGCGUUACGGAUAUUACUUCAAUGCAUUGCAUCUUAUGCUGGACGAUAUGGACGAUAUAUAGUACCAUUACUAUCUAUAAGUAUUGAUUUUUAUAUAAGAGUAUUUGUCAAAGUCUUCACAGGCCAUAAUAAGUGUAAAGAAAACUCUAGCAAAAUAGGGAUGCUUUAUCAGUGCAAUGGAUGUGAAAGUAUGAGCUUUCAACCAUUAGCAACAAAAAGAUCUUCCAAUAAUUAUAAAUUACCAAAUGCACCUACAGUAGAUCAGCUAUGUAAACAUUGUCAAUAUCGGCAACAUAUGGCAGGUCCAAUAUGGCUAGGAUCUUUACAUGAUCAAGAAUUCGUAUCGCAACUGUUAUGCAACUUGAAUAAUAUAGAGUUAGGUACAUCGAAAAGAAUGGAAGGUGUCUUGACCAUGAUACACGAGGAACUAGAUGUUCCAUUGUAUUAUACGCUGGAUCGCUUGAUGAGCAUAGUUAAAUGUGAUGUUCCAUCAAUAUUGAAAUUCAGAUCUGCGUUAUUAAACGCAGGAUACAAAGUAUCAUAUUCACACGCAAGUAAAACUUCCAUUAAAACGGACGCGUCUAAUGAUGUGAUAUGGGAUAUUGUACGUGCUUGGGAGAAGGAGCAUCCUGCAAAACGCGAGAAACUAGCUGAGGAUAGUCCAGCUGCACGUAUACUUAAUGCAUCGUUUACGAGGGAUAUUUCUUUCGCAGAACAUCCUCUAGCAAAUCCAAUUUCUCGUCAGAGACACUUAUCACGCUUUCAACAAAAUCCCACUGUAAAUUGGGGGCCAGGCGUUCGUGCAACAAUCCGAGUAGAUCUUGAAAAUAAGGCAGAGUCGAAAAAAGUAAGAAAUCAAAAUAAAAAUAGUAAAAAAAAAUUAGCUACUGUAGAACAACAAGUAACACAACAAUAAUUACAAAUAACUUCUUGUAAUUUGUAUAUUCAAUUUACAUCUCAACAUAUCUUGGACAUUAUUUUUCUUAGGUUUUUUGACUAACAUGCCAAAUUCAGGAAAAUUGCGAUAUUAUAUACACGAAUUUUUACAACUAACUUCGUAGGAUUAUUUAUAGACUGACAAACAAAUGUGGUGAAAAAAUUAAUGUAAUUUUAGUUUUAUGCUUUCCUGUAGCUAUUCUAUCAUUCAAUAUUUAAAGAUAUAUGAUAAAUUGAUUUUGUUAUUGCAGAGACUUUAAUUUUGUUGUCGAUAAUAUGUGUCACCUGAUAUGUCAUCGAAAUGUCGCACCGUUUAAAUCUAUUCAAUUUAUUCCUAAUUUUUGCCGCAAGUCCAAUAAGAUAAAUAUUAUCUCCAGAUAAUCUAGUUAAGUUUGCUUCAUUGAAAGUGAGUCGAUCCAAAAUAUUUAAAAUAACAUUAGAGAAAUUAUUAGGCACUAUAUCCACAACAGAAAUUUGAUUUGAAUAAGAUUUGUUUAUAUAAUUAUUGUAACUUAUAAUAUGCUAUAUAACUAAUUUUGAAACAGUUGAUUUCAAAUGUGCAAUUUUUCCGGUGUUGAUAAUGCUUUCAUAGAUUUGAUUAUGAAAUUGUGGAAAUAUAGAUAUCUAUUUUAAUUCUUUCAUAUGUUCAAACAGGUUUUAAAUAAGCAAUAUUGUUAUUGCGAUAGCGUACUUUAGUUUAUCGAGCUAUUUUCGGAAUUUGGAAUCACUCGAGUUUUUGUUAUGUUUAAUUUCUUUUUUUUUUUUCUCUUUCUUUCUAAUGUUUGGAAAGAUUUGUCGAAAUAACUAUUAGAUUCAUAAAAACUGGGCAUUUGUGUAUUUAUUAAAAAUCUUAUCAUUUGAAUUACUUUCUUCAAAUUUGAAUCCUAAACGGCUUUUAUCUAUUCUUUA